AUGGAUAAAAUGCCAGAAGAUAUCAGGAAUUAUUUGAUGGAAGCUCAUCAAUUGGCAGGCCAAUGGUCCCUUCCAAAUAACCGUGGAAAUCAUACUAAUUCCAAGUCGAUUCCGCUGAAAUCUGUGUCAGUUAUUGGUGGUGGAACUAUGGGAAGAGGUAUUGCAAUGGCAUUCAGUCUGGCUGGUUUCGAAACUAUUCUCGUAGAACUCAAUCAGCAGGCUGUUGAAAACUGCAGAAAGGAGUUGGAAAUCACUUAUGCACGAGAGAAAACUUUCAAAAGAUUGAAUGAUUCGAAAAUUGAGAAACUGAGAAAUACGCUCCAAAUAACCACUGAUUUUCAGAAAUUAAAGAAUUGUGAUUUGAUCGUCGAAGCAGUAUUCGAAGACAUGAAGUUGAAGAAGGAACUGUUCACAAAACUGGAUAAAAUCUGCAAAUCUUCCUGUAUUUUCGGAACGAAUACAUCUAGUUUAGACUUGAAUGAGAUGUCUUCUGUCCUUUCUGAUCGUACCAAAGUUGUUGGAAUUCAUUUUUUCAAUCCUGCAAAUCUGAUCAGAAUGGUGGAAGUUAUUUAUGGAUCAUAUACUUCCUCUGAAGCUGUCGCAACCGCCUUUGAAGCAUGUAGAGCUAUCAAAAAGCUUCCAGUUCUUGUUGGGAAUUGUCCAGCAUUUGUAUUCAAUCGACUUCUGGGAGUUUAUUUGAAUCAAAGUCAGAAACUGAUGUAUGAAUACGGAUAUUUGCCACAUCAAGUUGACAAGAUCAUCACUAACUUUGGAUUUCUGAUGGGUCCAUUGACAGUUGCUGAUAUGAAUGGAUUAGACGUAAUGGAGAAAUUGAAGAAAGAAAAUGGAUGGCCAGCUAGUGAUUUUGAGAAAGAAGUGUGGAGACAAAAGCGAUACGGAAGAAAAACAAAUAAGGGAUAUUAUAAGUACGAUCCAAAAACUCACAAAAAAGAAGUUGAUAUGGAAAUGGAACAACUGAUUGAGAAAUUCUCGAAACAAGCACGACCCAAUAUUCAAAUUUUGAAUGAUCAGGAUGCCGUAAAUUUCCUAUUGUAUCCGAUGUUCAAUGAAGGUCUAUUGUGUAUUGAAGAAGGAAUUAUUGAUCAUGAAAAUCUGAUUGAUAUCAUGUUCAUCCUUGGAUUUGGGUGGCCUAUUUUAACUGGUGGCCCAAUGAUGUUCGGACAUCAACAAGGCAUCGAAAAAGUUGCGAAUACUUUGAUUCUCUGGAGUUCAUUGGAACCAACGAACAGAAUUUAUAAAGUAGCAGAGAAGCUGCGACAAAUUGAUCAGAAACACUUGUCUUCUAAAUUGUAA